AUGUUCUUAGUGGUAGUGAAUGGCAUGAGGGUUGUUGACCUCAACAGAAACACUGAUGACUAUUCCAUCUACAAAUAUGACAAAGAUGACGAAUUGAUCACAUACAAUCCAAGACAUUCUGACACCAACCAAAUGAAUGACGAGUUAAACUCAAUCAAUCCUUCGGCUAAUGAUCAUAUAGAAGAGAGCAACUCGAUAGUUUUUGUGAAAAUCAACAGAACUGAAAUAUUUGAAGCCGCAGCUACUCCAGCGUACGAUGAAGUAGCUCCAAUCACUACAAUCUCCGAGGAGAAUAUUUCAAAUGACCCACCAUUUGAAAAAAUUUUCCCUGGAGAUCCCAUUGUUGACAGAAUGAGCCAAAUUGAGUUACUAACUACAUUUACUUUUAAUUUUGACCAAAUGACAUCAACUUUAGAAGCAGACAUUGAAGUGGCCACAACUGCUACUACAUUUGAUCAAACUGAUGACGACAAUAACUUUAGCAUUGAAUGA